AUGGCUAAGGGUAAAGGUAAGAACAAGUCUCAUGAUGAAGGCAGGAGCAACAAAUCUGGCGGGUCCAACGGGCACCAUACCCGGAGGAAUCAUCGUCACAUGGAAAUGAAGUAUUGUGGUGGUAGUAAAGACAGUUCAUUCCCAGUGAAGCUGGCUAUGUGGGAUUUUGACCACUGUGAUCCCAAGCGAUGUAGCGGUAAGAAGCUGGAGAGGCUGGGUCUGAUCAAGUCUCUGAGGGUGGGCCAGAAAUUCCAAGGUAUAGUGGUGUCACCUAAUGGUAAGUCAGUAGUAUGCCCUGAUGACAGAGAGAUUGUGGAAGCUCACGGUGCAUCAGUAGUGGAGUGCUCUUGGGCACGUCUUGAGGAGGUACCGUUUAACAAAAUUGGUGGGAAGCAUGAGAGGUUAUUGCCAUACUUGGUCGCUGCAAACCAGGUUAACUACGGUAGACCCUGGAGACUCAACUGUGUAGAGGCGCUGGCUGCAUGUUUUGCUAUUGUGGGACGUACUGAUCUAGCACACGAACUUUUAUCUCAUUUUUCCUGGGGUCUUGGAUUUUUGGAGCUGAACAAAGACUUGCUGGAGCGUUACCAACAAUGUACUGAUUCUGAGUCCAUCAAAAAGGUUGAAGAGGACUGGCUUCAACAAAUUGAUCAAGAAGUGCAGGAGAGAAAACUUAAGGCUCAAACUGAGGAUGUAUGGAUGAUGGGCAAUACAAACCGCGGUAAUUCGGGUCUAAUGCCCCCAUCGGAUAGUGAAGAAGAAUAUGAGGAGGAAGCUGAAGAGGAGGAAGAAGAUACCACAACUAGAAAGAAUGUGAGGUAUGAUAAUCUGGGUAACAUAAUUGAAGAUAGUGAAGAUGAUAAUAACGAAUCAGACUAUAGUAAUGAGGAAUCUUCAGAUGAAGCUUCAGAUGAAGACUAUGAAGAUGAGCAUGUUGAUGAAGUUGUUAAUCGUGUUGGCAAAUUAGCAAUUGAAUAG